GUUUUUAAUUCCUCUUUUCGUCAUUUGUAUUAUUUUGUUCUUUGCAAAUUACAGAGCGGAUUUUUAAGCGUACGUGCACUCGAUUGGGACCAAUUUGCCUUUUGGAUUCAAACAAGCUGCAGGCAAACGCGGGUCACAUUUUGAAGUUGAUCUACUGAUAGAAAUGUCGAGUUUACUAGCAAAAUGAAAGCAGUCAGCGAGACCGCCAGUCUAUAACACCCGGUUGCACACAUGUGCUGACAGCAGAUAUUCACAGACACUCAUACACUCUUUUAAAAGCGCUUUGUACAACUUGUAGACUCGCCCUUAUUAUUUCUUUUGGAGCAACCACAGAGCGCAGUCGGCGAUCAGAUCACACAGUUGCAAAACACACUCGCCUCGGCACAGAAAUAAUAACGCAGAAUACAAUGGCCGACGCAACACAACAGGCGUACACGCCCUCAGCGACUUCUGGAAUCGCGGUGCCGAGCAUUGCAGACAUGGGGUUCGGAAAACCCAGGCAUUUUGAUUUUGAGGAAGAGCUCCACUACAGGUUCUGGAACCCGAUGUACUAUUACAAGGCACUCAACCAGCAUCGCAUGCGGUUGAACCUGUCUAACCCCGGCCAGUUUGAGUACCUGAACAAGGAAAUCAAAGGCACGAUGCUGUCGAACUUUACCUUUGAGGGCGGGCGCGCCGAUCUGGCAAAAAUUCUGUCGCCCAACUUCCAGGUGAUGCACACGUUCCAGCUGGGACUCCCCGGUGGCAACCCGUCGCUGUUUGAGUUUGGCGGUGUGUACGCCGACGAGAGGACCAUGAUGCACGGAAAGAUGGACUCUGACUUUAACAUGAUGGCGCGCUUCAACCAUGCGUUGUCAAAGAACCUGCAGUUGAAGUCGCAGGCACAGCUGAUGGCCAGCGACUCGCAGUCGAUGCUCCAGCUGGAGAGCGAGUACACGGGAUCGGACUACACGGCCAACGUCAAGGCGGUCAACCCCUCGCUGACCGACGGCAAUGGCAUCUACCUGUUCAACUACCUGCAGUCGGUCACGCCCAAGCUGAGCCUUGGCGCCGAGAUGCUGUACCAGUGCCCGAUGCCCAAGGUGCAGGAGACCAGCAUCUCUUUCGGCGUGCGGUACCAGCCCACGGCCGACCGCGUGUGGGUCGCCCAGACCCAGGGCACCAACAUUCUGACAACCUCGUUCUGGCGCAAAAUCUCCGAAAAGUGCGACGCCGGCGCGGAGCUGCAGAUGAUCAACAUCCCGUCGCAGGACCGCCGCGAGGCCAGCUGCUCGGUCGGAGUCAAGUACGAGUUUGCUGCGUCGACCUUCCGGGCCAUGGCUGACAACCUCGGCAAGGUUUCGAUGCUGCUUGAGGAGAAGAUUGCCCCCGGAUUCUCGUUCCUCCUCUCUGGAGAGCUGGACCACCUCAAGGGCGAGAACAAGUUUGGUAUUGCUAUUAACCUCGAGUCCUAAUUGUGUGCGCAGAGCUGCUACACUUCAAAACUAUGUUUUUAUCUUGCGCCCAUCUAGCAACAAAAGGCAGACCAAGAGAGCGUCGUUGAGGAUGUUCUUCUUUUAGAUACAUCUAUAGUCCCUUCAUUCUUUCAAUUUUAAAAAACAACCUAUUGCAAAAAGAAUA